AUGUUACUUUCUUAUUUAAGUUUCCUUUUGAUUUCCGGUGUUGCAUUGGCACAAUAUGAACGCGAACAUACACCAGCUGAACGAAUGAGACUCUUGGGUCCUUUGGCUUUUGGAAAUUCUCGAUUAGUAUUUAAUUGUCCAGCAUUAGUUCCAUCACCAACACUUCCAACUUCAGUACAUGCUUUAAGACCAGCUGAUAUAAAACUUGUAGCAUCCAUGGGUGAUAGUUUAACUGCAGCAAAUGGUGCAAAAGCAAAUUCAAUUGUUGCUGUAAUAGUUGAAUAUCGAGGUGUUUCCUGGAGUAUUGGUGGUGAUGACGAUCUCAAAAAAGUUGUUACAUUACCCAAUAUUUUACGACAAAUUAACAGUCAAUUAAGUGGUUAUUCUCAAGGAACUGGUGAUCGAAAUUCUUCCAAAGCUGGUUUUAAUGUUGCAAAAGCUGGUGCUAUUUCUUCUGAUAUGCCAACUCAAGCUCAUCUUCUUGUUGAUCGAAUGACAAAAGCAUUAGGUGCUGGAAAAUUUGCUGCAGAUUGGAAAUUAGUAACAUUCUUUAUUGGUGGUAAUGAUCUUUGUGGUUAUUGCAAAGAUACAAAUCGAUUUAGUACAGCUACUUAUACGAAUAAUAUUAAAACAGCAUUAGAUAUUUUGAAAGCUCGUAUGCCUCGUGCUCUUGUUAAUCUUGUUGUUGUUCUUAAUGUUGCUGAACUUGAAGAUUUACAUGAAGGUAUUCGAUGUCAAUCAUUACAAAAUUUUAUGUGUGAUUGUGCUGUUAAUAAGAAAACACGUGAACAAGUUCGUGUAGCAAAUUUGGAAUAUCAAAUAGCAACAAAGAAAUUGAUUAGUUCAGGUAUUUAUGAUACAUCGAAUGAUUUUACUGUUGUCCUACAACCAUUCAUGGAACAUAUGAAAGUACCAGCUACGAGCAAUGGCUUAGCUGAUUUUUCAUAUUUUUCGCCUGAUUGUUUUCAUUUCAGUCAAAAAGGUCAUGAAGCAGCAGCUAUUGAACUUUGGAAUAAUAUGAUGCAAAAAGUUGGUGAAAAAACAACUUCAUGGAAUUUAUUGGAUACACUUGAAUGUCCAACAACAGGCAAUGGCAUGUGCUAUUUAUUUAUUAAUGCACAAACAAGCAAUACUACAGUGGUUGUCACAACUACCACUACUACUACUACUACUGUCAAACCUGUUGUCGUUGUUGCAACUACUCCUGCUGUUAAACCUGCUGAAGUAGUCGCAACUACAGCUGCUGUUAAACCUGUUGAAGUUGUGGCAACUACUGUAGUUGUUAAACCUGUUGAGGUUGUCGAAACUUCUACUAUUAUGAAAGUUUCACAUGCGAUGGAAACAACAGAUGGACCUACUACUAUGAAAUGGAUGGGCACAGAUGAUACUCCCGUUCCAAUAAUUACAUAUACAGGACUAACACCAGGUUCUCGACAUGGACCAUAUGUUGAACCACCACCACAUCCACUUGGCUAUUGUAUUCGUGGUCGUUUACGUUGUUCCAGAAUUCGUCGUUGUUGCAAUGGACCAUGUAAUGUUAUUACAAUGCGUUGCCCAGAAAAUCAAAAUGUACAAUCUUAA